CUCUGGUAUAACUACUCCUUCAGCUCAACAAGUUGGGUUGCUUAUACCACCCGUCUCUGUCCAUCCUGACUUCAUUGAUUGUUGUUUUGAUAUCAAUCAACAAAAACCCCUCCCCCUCAGUGUUGAUACUGAUAGCAGCUUUCUACCUCCCAAGGAACCAUCAUGGCAGCCACCGUGAUGGAUGACGAUCUCUUCACGAGGGCGAUCUCUGGAUACCGGGACGUAUUUUGGAAAGAGCUCUCUCACCUCCCGGAAUCGGAACGAAACGAACUCUGGAGCCAGCGACUGAAUCAGUUCAUUCCCUCUACCGCCGUCUCGAGUCCUUCGAUGAACCUGGGUCCGUCUCCGGCGCUUGAGAAAUCUGGGAAACGGUUACGACAGGAUACUCCACGGACGCUUCCUUCUGGUACUACUGGGCUUCCUCUGGCUAAACGGCGAGCCACCGUACGUGUCACCUUGGUCUCUCUUCCGCCUCUGUCCUCUCCGUUCAUCUAGUUACGCUACUCCCUCUGUCUCUGCCUCUCCCAUAUACACACAUACACAUACACACACAGAAAAUGAGAAAUACUGGACCUGGAUUGACACUUCAUAGUCUCCGGAACUGAAGGGCACC